AUGGUUUUUAUUGAAAACAUAACUCGUAUUGAAAGAGGUAUAGAUAAUAUAUUACAAUUGAAACAAAGAAAUGGUACUCGAAUUAUUGAGGGAAAUAAAACAGCUGCAAUAACUAUUCAACGACAUUUUAGAGGCUAUUAUACAAGACUGUAUUUUUCAAAGUUAAAUGUUGCAGCUAAAGUCAUUCAAAAACAUUGGAAGGGAUACAUUACUAGAAGGUAUUUUAAUAAUUUAUUAAUAAAAACAUUUGUAUGUAAGUCUAUUGAUUACUAUAAUAAAGCAGCUACGAUUAUUCAAAAAUAUUAUAAAGGCUAUUAUAUCAGAAAAUAUUAUUUAGAUAUAAAAAAAAAUACUAAGUGGAUUAAGGAAAUUCAAAAACAAAACGAUGCAUGGUCUAAUAUAAUGAAUGAUUAUAAUCAAAAUAUUUGCAAUCAUUUGGAAAUUAUACAUAAAGAAAAGAUAAAAUGUUUAAUAAUUAAAAUGGUAUAUAAACAUCAUCCAAUGUUAAGGACCAUAUUAAGAAAAGGAGUCUUCAGUGGAAAAACAAACAGUGAUUCAGAAUUUGAAAAACUUGUUCGUAAUAUUUAUGCACAAAUAAAUAAAAAAAGUCUAAAGAUAUAA